CCAAUGGCUUUGAGCCCCCAAAGAGCCUCCCCAUCUCUUGCUUGGCCUGAUCCACCUCCCCGUUGGAAAUUCGAUGUUUUCUUGAGUUUCAGGGGUGAGGACACCCGCCGGGGUUUCACCUCCCACUUAUACAACCAAUUGGGGUUCGGCCAGGUGCUCAAGACUUUCAUAGACGACCAAGAGCUUCAAAUCGGAGCUGAGAUCUCUCCCAAGCUCUUGACCGCUAUCCGAAAUUCACAUCUCGCAAUCGUUGUUCUCUCACCCAACUAUGCUUCUUCCACUUGGUGCUUGGAUGAACUUGCCACAAUCAUCGACUCCAUGGAAGCCGGAGAUGAGAGAAUUCUGCCGGUCUUCUACAAUGUGGAUCCAUCCGACGUCCGACAUCAAAGGAAGAGCUUUGCUGAAGCCUUCGAUAAGCAUGAAGAGAAGUUCAGUGGCAACCCAGAGAAGGUGGUGAGGUGGAGAGAAGCUUUAAGAAAAGUGGCCAAUCUCUCUGGAUGGGACGCAAAGAAUUAUAAAUCUGAAAGUGAGCUUAUAGAAGUCAUUGUGAGACGUGUGUGGGAGAAAGUUAGUCCAACAAUCACCUCGUCGGAUUCCGGUGAAAAGUUAGUCGGAAUUGACUUUAGAUUCGGGCAACUGGGUUCACUUUUAGCUCUUGAGGAAAAACAAGUUCGAUUUAUAGGAAUAUGGGGUAUGGGCGGAGUGGGUAAAACUACCCUUGCUAAGCUAGUGUUCGAGAGAAUUUCCCAUCAAUUUGAAGUGGCUGAGUUUCUUGUUGAUGUCAGGAAGUCUCAUGGUCAACUAGUCACGCUUCAAAAACAGGUUCUCUUUCCAGUCAUGAAGGGAAAUGUUUCACAAGUUUGGGAUGAGUACAAAGGAACCGCUUUCAUUAGAAAAUGCAUGUCUAAUAAAAAGGUUCUUCUUGUUGUUGAUGAUGUUGAUAGCUCUGAGCUCCUAAAAUACUUGGCGGGACAUACAUUUUGGUUUGGUGAGGGGAGCAGGAUCAUUGUUACAACUAGAGAUAAACGUCUCCUGACCGAGCAUCAUAUAGAUUUAUCAUUUGAGCUUCAGGGGUUAAAUGCUAGUGAAGCUCUUGAGCUCUUUAGUCACAAAGCCUUCGAGAAAGAUCAGCCAGAGGAGGGGUUUUUAGAGCUUUCCAGGUCUUUUGUAUAUUAUGCCAAAGGGCUUCCAUUAGCUCUGAUAGCUCUAGGAAGUUCUUUGUAUCUGAGAAAUCUAGAUGAAUGGAAGAGUACAUUGGAUUCACUAAAGAGAAUCCCCAAUCCGACGAUUUUUGAUUCCCUCAAAGUAAGUUAUAAUGCGCUGAAUGAUUGGCAACAGAGGAUUUUUAUGGACAUUGCAUUCUUCUUCAAGUGGAUGGAGAAGGGACGAAUCAUUGAACUGCUACGAUAUUGGUACGAGGCUGAUUUUCUUAUUGUGGUAAAUGUUCUCAUCGAGAAAUCACUCUUGACUGAGUACAACAACGUUAUUGGGAUGCAUGAUCUGAUUCAAGAAAUGGCAGAGGAUAUUGAACGUCAAAAGACCCGAGAACCUCAUGACGAGCCUGGUCUUCGCAGCCGUUUGUGUGAUCGUGAUGACAUCUUUCAUGUAUUUACGAGGAAUACGGGAACAGAAGCAAUCAGAGGCAUCCGCUUGAGGUUACCAAAAUUAGAAGUGGAAGAUUCAAGCUGGAAUUGGAAUUGCCUCUCUAAGAUGUGCAAACUAAUGUUUCUUGAAUUUGAUAAUCUAAUAAUUAGUUCAGGCCCCAAAUUCCUCCCAGAUUCCUUGAUAAUACUCAGAUGGAAUUGGUACCCUUCCAAAACUCUUCCAGCAAGUUUCCGACCAAAUUUACUUGUUGAACUUAAGAUGCAAAAUAGCAAACUUGUUCGGCUUUGGGAUGGAAGACAGGACUUGCCUAAUUUGAAACACAUGGAUCUUAGUGACUCCAAAAACUUGGAGAAGACCCCUGAUUUCACAGGUAUACCGAAUCUUGAGGAGUUGUAUCUUGACUAUUGUGAGGGUUUAGUUGAGGUCCAUCCAUCCAUUGCAGUCAACAAAAAGCUUAAGAGAUUGACACUUUAUCACUGCAUAAAUGUUAAGAGAUUCCCGAGUAAGAUUGAAAUGGAUUCUCUCGAGAUGCUCAGCCUAGAAGACUGCUCAAAGGUAAAGAUCCUAGAAUUCGGAGAAGGGAUGAAAAAUUUGUCACGACUUUGGAUAGGUGGGACUGCUGCUGAGGAACUACCUGCAUCGAUUGAACAUCUGGUUGGCCUUACAUCUUUGAAUGUAGGUAAUGGCAAAAGUCUCAAGAGUCUCCCGGGUACGGCGUUGUUUAAAUUGAAGGCUCUUGAAGAACUCAUUAUGUUUGGAUGCCCAAAACUGAAGACACUGGUACAAAAUACGGGGGAGACAGAGUGUUUGAAGCGGUCUAUGAGCAAGAAGCUCCGCAUGGGCUUCAGGGACUUAUUCAGAAGAAGCACUUCCCAACCUUUGUGCUCGGCGUUGCCAUCUCCAAGGGCUUUACCGUUUUUGUGCAACUUAAAUUUGAGUGAUUGUAAUCUCUGUCAAGGAGUUAUCCCGGAUGAUAUUGGCUACUGCUUGCCGAAUCUAGUACAGUUGUGUCUUGGUGGAAAUAAUUUUGUUACUCUUCCUGCAAGCAUUAAAUGCCUUUCUAAGCUUCAGUUCAUUAGAUUGACGGGGUGCCAAAGGCUUCAAGAGUUGCCUAUUCUUCCACCGAAUGAAAUAUUACACGUAGACGCAGACAAUUGUUCUUCUUUAGAAAGGUUGUCAGAGGGUUCCACAUGCACCAACAAUUUGGAGUACUUUGAGUUUUCUCUGACAACUGUGAAUUGCCAUGGAUUGAUUGACAAGGAAGGCUUGAAUACGGGAAUACUUUCAAUGCUAAGGAGAUUGCCUCCUGCUCAGGUAGUCGCACAGCAAUUCAUAAAUUCCGGGGAAUAUUUCAAAAUCGUGAGUCCUGGAAGUAAAAUUUCAGAAUGGUUUGAUAUUCAAAGCGAGGGAGACUCAUUGACUGUGAAGCUGCCUCCGGACGGGGAAGCAUGUCGAUCUCAGUGGAUUGGCAUUGUCUUUUGUGUUGUAUUUCCCGUUCGUAAAGAUGCUGACAAACUUGUGCAUAAUGAUUCAUUAAUUGAAUGUUCAUUGCCUGGUCUUGGUGAUAGACACAAUAUUGAUUCAGAACACCAGCUGCUUAUGUCUGGGAAAGUUCACAAUAUGAUGAUGGGAGACCAUCUUUGGGUGUCUUUUAUGCCUCGUGCUCAAGUCCAGGAUACCACAAGCUACUCUAUUAGAGGUGUGGAGCCCGAUUAUUGUAUGAGCAAGAUUUGA